AUGGCGGUGCAAGGCCAGGGUCCCGACCCAAGUGAGCGCAUCUUUACCGAAUUGCGCAGCAAGAAUGAUGAAGUCAAGAAUAAGGCUGCGACUGAGUUGCGGGAUCUCAUCACGCUGCUAUCACGAGAAUGGUCCCCUGAGCGGUUCAGUGCAUUUUACGACCGGGUUACCCAGCGCAUCAGCAACCUCAUCGUCCAAGCACCGGAUUCGAACGAGAAGCUGGGCGGAGUCCUAGCGUUGGACCGUCUGAUAGACUGUGAAGCGGUCGAUGCGGCUCAAAAGGCAUCAAAGUACUCCAACUAUCUGCGUGCGGCCCUGAAGAGCAAUGAUUACACUGUCCUGGAUGCUGCCAGUCGGGCGCUGGGGCAUCUUGCCCGGCCUGGAGGGGCUUAUACUGCGGAACUGGUCGAAGCCGAAAUGACAUCGGCCUUUGAAUGGCUGCAACCGGAAAGUAAACAGGAGAGUCGCAGACUGGCUGCUGUGUUGCUGAUACGCGAGCUGGCGAAGAAUUCCCCUACCCUGGUCUACGGCUUCAUUCCACAGAUAUUUGAGCUGAUCUGGAAUGCGCUGCGAGAUCCCAAGGAUCUCAUACGAAAGACAGCCGCCGAGGCUGUCAGCGCGUGCUUUGGGGUUAUGGUUGCAAGGGAUACUCAGUUCCAGGCCCACUGGUUUGCAAAAAUAUACUCCAAGGCUCUGGAAGGCUUUCGGCCCAACACAACCGUCGAUGAGACGCUGGGUUCACUCCUGAUCCUCAUGGAACUGCUUCAGCAAGGAAACAUGUUUAUGCAUGACUUUUACAGAAAUACGUGCGAGAUUGUCCUGCGAUUAAAGGACCAUCGCGAUCCCCGAAUCCGGACGCAAGUCGUCCAGAUCAUUCCUGUCCUCGCCGAGUAUGCGCCGCUCGAGUUCAUCAACAAUUACCUCCACAAAUUCAUGAUCUACCUCCAAGCACAACUGAAGCGCGAAAAAGAACGCAACCAAGCUUUCCUGGCCAUCGGGCAGAUAGCCAAGGCCGUUGGGAGCGCGAUCGCACAGUACCUGGAUGGCAUUAUACUUUACAUUCGGGAGUCUCUGAGCGCGAAGACCAAGAACAGAGGGGCGGUGGACGAAGGUCCAAUGUUCAAAUGUAUCAGCAUGCUUGCUGGCGCGGUGGGACAGACUCUCAGCAAGUAUAUGGAAGCUCUUCUCGACCCAAUCUUCGCCUGUGGACUUACCGAGCCUAUGGAAGCAGCCUUGGAAGACAUGGCACACAAUAUCCCACCCAUUCGGUCAACGAUACAGGACAAGUUAUUGGAUCUCCUCAGUCUGAUAUUAGUUCGGUCUCCCUACCGGCCUUUGGGAUGUCCGCCGAAUGCCACGCCACCCCUUCCAUCAUUUGCUAAGGACUAUGGUGGCUUCCCAUCUGAACACAAGGACAGUGAGAUUACUCUUGCUCUCGUAACUCUUGGAAAGUUUGAUUUCUCCGGCCACAUUCUUAACGAGUUUGUGCGGGAUGUCACCCUUCGCUAUGCCACACAUGACAAUCCAGAGAUCCGACGUGCGGCAGCUCUGACGUGUUGUCAGCUGUUUAUGCAGGACCCCAUCUUACACCAGACCAGCAACAACGCCAUCCAGGUUGUGAGCGAGGUUGUCGACAAGCUGCUAACUGUGGCGGUUGGGGACCCGGAUCCCGAAAUCCGGAUGACGGUUCUCCGCGCUCUAGACAAGAAGUUUGACAAGCACUUGGCCAGGCCUGAGAACAUCAGAUGUCUCUUUUUGGCUGUCAACGAUGAGGUUUUCGCCGUUCGCGAAGCUGCCAUUGAGAUCAUCGGCAGGCUAACCACCGUCAAUCCAGCCUACGUGUUCCCGCCUCUGCGGAAGCUACUGGUCAACCUCCUGACUGGACUCGGCUACUCAAACACGGCGAAGCAGAAGGAAGAAAGUGCUCGACUGAUCAGUUUGUUCGUGUCAAAUGCAACUUCUUUGGUCAAGACGUACGUGGAGGCAAUGGUCUCUGCUCUCUUGCCGAAAGCUACAGAUCCAAAUCCAGGGGUGGCGUCAACGACAAUAGAGGCUCUUGGAGACUUGACCUCUGUCGGUGGUGAGGCGAUGGUUAACCAUAUUCCGGAGCUUAUGCCUAUCAUCAUCGAGGCAUUACAAGACCUUGGAUCACAUGACAAGCGCGAAGCGGCGAUGAAGACAUUGGGCUCUCUUGCUGUGAACUCGCAGUACGUGAUAGAUCCAUACCUGGAAUACCCUGAGCUGCUCGGCAUCUUGAUCAAUGCGAUCAAGACCGAGGCACAUGAAAAGCUUCGGACCGAUGCCAUCAAGCUGGUUGGCGUGCUGGGAGCCCUUGACCCUUACAAGUAUCAGCAGUUGAGCGAGUCUGUGGCUGAAAAGCAGAGCAAGACCGAGACACAACCUGUUUCGGAUGUGGCCCUCAUCAUGCAAGGCUUGACGCCAUCAAACGAGGAGUACUACCCAACGGUUGUCAUCAAUACGCUCAUGCAAACAAUCUUAGCGGACCACACACUUGUUCAAUAUCACAGUGCAGUCAUCGACGCAGUGGUGACUAUCUUCAAGACUAUUGGCAUGAAAUGUGUACCCUUCUUGGGUCAGAUCAUCCCAGGUUUUCUCGCUGUCAUUCGCAGUUCUCACCCGACACGCCUGGAAUCUUACUUCAACCAACUUGCGGUACUUGUCAAUAUCGUGCGUCAACACAUUCGAGCUUUCCUGCCGGAAAUCAUCGAAGUCAUCAGAGAUUUCUGGAACACAUCGAGACAAGUCCAGUCUACAAUCCUAUCGUUGAUCGAGGCGAUUUCGAAGUCUCUAGAGGGAGAAUUCCGCAGAUACCUGGCUGGUCUCUUACCGCUCAUGCUUGCCGUGAUCGAGAACGAUAUUGACCCGCGAAGAGAAGCUUCGAUCCGCAUCUUGCACACUUUUCUGGUCUUUGGGUCCAGCGGCGAGGAAUACAUGCACAUGAUUGUCCCAGCAAUUGUUGGCAUUUUUGAGAAUCCGACCGCUCCCCCAAAUGCUCGACGUGCCGCUAUCGAGACUCUGGGUAAAUUAUCUAGAACCGCGAACCUGACCGACUUUGCCUCGCUCAUGAUCCAUCCAUUGGCCAAAAUAUUGUCCUCUCCAGAAAAGGUCGCCACAAACUCCUCAGAGCGUUCCCUCAAGGCCGCCGCCCUGGACUGUGUUUGCGCCUUGAUCUAUCACCUAGGCCAAGAUUUCGCACAUUAUCUGCCCCUUGUGGAGCGAGCAACGAAAGCUGGCCAGAUCAACUCGGAAAGAUUUCAGAAAUUGAUCGAGAACUUCAAGACAGGCAAAGCCCUGCCGGUGGACUUCUAUCCCGAGGAACAAUAUGGGAUACCCGCGGAGGAUACCUCCUAUUCGAACAUCACCUCCAUGCGACUUCCGGUAAAUCAACAACAUCUCAAGAACGCAUGGGACACGUCCCAAAAGUCGACAAAGGAAGACUGGCAAGAAUGGAUGAGGAGAUUCAGUGUCGAGCUACUGAAGGAAUCCCCAUCACAUGCUUUGCGAGCUUGUGCAAGUCUCGCUACCGUUUAUCAACCGCUGGCCAAGGACUUAUUUAAUUCUGCGUUCGUCUCCUGUUGGACAGAAUUAUACGAUCAGUAUCAAGAGGAGCUUAUCCGUUCGAUUGAGAAAGCCCUGACAUCCACGAACAUCCCUCCCGACAUCUUACAAACAUUGCUCAACCUGGCUGAGUUCAUGGAGCAUGAUGACAAGUCUCUUCCCAUCGACAUACGGACACUCGGGAGAUUUGCUGCCAAAUGCCAUGCGUUCGCAAAAGCUCUGCAUUACAAGGAACUUGAGUUCGAACAAGAUCAGAACAGUCAAAGUGUCGAGGCUCUUAUCAGCAUCAAUAACCAGCUUCAACAGUCCGAUGCAGCUAUUGGAAUCUUGCGUAGAGCGCAAGUCUUCGGCGAGGUUGAAUUGAAAGAGGCAUGGUUCGAGAAAUUGCAGCGGUGGGAAGAGGCGUUGGCCGCAUACCAGAAACGCGAGAAAGUCGAGCCUGACAACUUUGAUAUUGUCAUGGGCAAAAUGCGUUGUCUGCAUGCCUUGGGCGAAUGGAAAAUGCUGUCCGAAAUUGCACAAGAGCACUGGAAUAACGCAAGUCAAGAGAAUCGCAAAAACAUGUCAGCGCUGGCUGCCGCUGCAGCUUGGGGUCGGGGUGAAUGGGACCUCAUGGACAACUACAUCAGCGUUAUGAAGGAAACCUCUCCCGACCGAGCGUUCUUCGGCGCGAUUCUUGCCAUCCAACGCAACAACUUUGCGGAAGCGCACAACUUCAUUGUUCGCGCUCGAGAUGGCGUCAAUUCCGAGAUCACUGCCACAAUUGGCGAGUCUUACAACCGAGCUUACAGCGUCGUCGUUCGAACACAGAUGCUCGCUGAGCUUGAGGAAAUCAUUGUGUACAAACAAAGCGAGGGACAGCCUGAAAAGCAGAACUCUUUGAAGAUGCUGUGGAAUAAGAGACUGCUAGGCUGCCAGUCGAAUGUCGAGGUCUGGCAGCGUAUGCUCAAGGUCAGGGCCCUUGUCCUUACGCCUACCGAGAAUCCCGACAUUUGGAUCAAGUUCGCCAACCUCUGUCGCAAAUCAGACCGUAUCGGGCUGGCCGAACGAUCUUUAGCCUCGCUAGGGGGCGUUAGCGAUCUCGCCGCCGGUGCAGGCUCAGCUCCACCUCCUGUAGCAUACGCUCGGCUCAAGUUCAAUUGGGCUACCGGCAAUCAACAGCAAGCAUUGGCCUAUUUACGUGAGUUCACAAUGCGUCUGUCGGAUGACUUCCAGCAGGCCAACACUGCUUUGUCCACUGGGAUGCACACGGACAGAUUGAAUGGGAUGAAUGGACUUGAUAUGAACGGCCAUGACACGAUUGUCCAAAGACGCAAGCACGAAGAGUUGGAAAAGCGGGCAAAAUUACUCGCAAAAUGCUACUUGCGGAUAGGAGAGUGGCAGUCUUACCUGCUCAGAGGUGACUGGACAAGCCCUCGUGCCCAGGAUGCUGUGCGGGAUAUCUUGAACGCAUACCAGGCCGCAACUCAGUACAACGAGUCUUGGUAUAAGGCAUGGCAUGCAUACGCCCUGGCAAACUUUGAAGUGGUGACUUCUAUGGCCUCUCAUACGGACCAGGAGAAGGUCCGCAAUAUUCCGGAGCAUGUUAUUCAGAAUCAUGUCGUUCCGGCUAUAGGAGGCUUCUUCCGAUCGAUUGCAUUGUCCAAAUCCAGCUCGCUCCAGGACACACUACGACUCUUGACACUUUGGUUUGCACAUGGCGGCCACACAGAAGUGAACCAAGUGAUCAUUGAAGGUUUUGCGUCUGUCAGCAUCGACACGUGGUUGGAGGUGAUUCCACAAUUGAUCGCACGAAUCAAUCAACCCAAUGCCCGGGUCAGAGCAGCUGUGCAUCGACUUUUGGCAGAAGUCGGUAAAGCUCAUCCUCAAGCUCUCGUUUAUCCUCUGACGGUGGCAAUGAAAUCGUCGGUUGCUCGUCGUGCGAACUCCGCUACCCAAAUCAUGGACAGUAUGAGAGUGCAUAGUCCACGGCUUGUCGAGCAAGCCGAUCUCGUCAGUCACGAAUUAAUUCGGGUCGCGGUGCUGUGGCACGAGCUUUGGCACGAAGGCCUGGAGGAAGCUUCUCGCCUUUACUUUGGAGAUCACGAUGUAGAAGGAAUGCUUGCCACGCUUGCUCCACUACAUGAGCUCCUUGACCGUGGCCCUGAAACCCUCAGAGAGAUCUCUUUUGCCCAAGCAUUCGGCCAUGACCUUGCCGAAGCUAGGGCCUUCUGCAAUGCUUUCCGUCGGUCAAAGGAGAUUGGCGAUCUGAACCAGGCCUGGGAUUUGUACUACGCCGUUUUCCGCAAGAUCGCUCGUCAACUGCCACAGUUGAUGAGCCUCGAUCUCAAGUAUGUCUCGCCACGGUUGAAGGAUGCACAUGACCUCGACCUCGCCGUUCCUGGGACAUACCAAUCUGGCAAGCCGAUCAUCAGCAUCGUGAGCUUCGAUCACGUCCUCACCGUAAUACCCUCCAAGCAACGGCCACGAAAAAUGACUUUGAGAGGCUCCGAUGGUCAGCAGUACGCAUUUGUCCUCAAGGGCCACGAAGACAUCCGUCAGGAUGAACGGGUGAUGCAGCUCUUUGGACUUGUCAACACACUGCUCAACAAUGACACGGAGUGUUUUAAGCGCCACCUCAACAUCCAGCGCUUCCCUGCCAUUCCACUGUCGCAGAAUUCUGGCUUGCUGGGCUGGGUCCCGAACUCCGAUACCCUCCACAACCUUGUGAAGGAAUACCGAGAAUCGCGGCGUAUCCUUCUCAACAUUGAGCAUAGAAUCAUGUUGCAAAUGGCACCCGAUUACGACAACCUCACCCUCAUGCAGAAGGUAGAGGUGUUCGGGUAUGCAAUGGACAACACUACGGGCAAGGAUCUGUACCGCGUGCUGUGGCUUAAGUCCAAGAGUUCCGAGGCGUGGCUGGAUCGACGAACUAACUACACCAGAUCCUUGGCCGUCAUGUCCAUGGUUGGCUAUAUUCUGGGAUUGGGCGACCGUCACCCUUCAAACCUCAUGCUCGACCGGAUCACCGGCAAGAUUAUUCAUAUUGAUUUCGGUGAUUGCUUCGAGGUUGCAAUGCAUCGGGAGAAAUAUCCGGAACGGGUGCCCUUCCGUCUUACACGGAUGCUCACGUUUGCCAUGGAGGUGAGCAACAUCGAAGGGUCAUUCAGAAUUACCUGUGAAAACGUGAUGCGGGUGAUUCGGGAGAACAAGGAGUCUCUGCUCGCCGUGCUCGAGGCUUUCAUCCACGACCCGUUGCUUAACUGGCGACUCAACACCCGCGAGUCUCCUCCCCGACCACAUUUCCGGUCUGAACGGCGACAGAGUAUUAUUGAUGCUCCUGGCGCGCAAGCCGGCGCCGACUUCGAACGCAGUCCGAUGGAGACCGCCAACAACCCGGCAGCGAUGAUGGGUGGCACAGCACAAAGUCAUGUCGGGGCUCCACCGGGCCGCAGACACCGGCGCAGCAGCAUCCUCGAUCCGGCAAUGGGCGGUGGCAGCAUCCUUGACACUGCCAAGGGACAGGAUAACAACAAUGCCGCGCAGGACGCCAAGGAAGUCCAGAAUGCCCGCGCUCUUCAAGUGCUGGCGCGGGUCAAGGAGAAAUUGACGGGUCGGGAUUUCAAGCCGGCGGCUCCUGGCACCAGUGUUGCUCGUUUGGCAGCGGACUUGCACGGGCUCGGUCUCGAGGCUCUGAUGAACGUCAAUGGCGGCACCAUGAACAAUGUUUCUGGUAUCGGGGCUGAUCCGAACAAGCCAGUCUCGAUUGCGGGCACGGCGCCCGAGACCACCAUGGCGGGCGUGGGUGGGCUCGGCGUCGCUGAGCAAGUGGAUCGGUUGAUUCUCCAGGCGACAAACGUGGAGAACUUGUGCCAGCACUACAUUGGCUGGUGCUCUUUCUGGUAA